UUCACAUAAUCAAAGCUCUCUGCCACUCUUCUAGUUUUGCUGAGAAAAAUAACAAGUUGGCAAAGACCCAUCGGAAAGUUGCUCGCUUUACAUAUACAGCAUCAAUGGGUGACUCACCAAACUCGGAAACUGAGUCGUGUACGGUUAGCAACAACUCGUCGUCUUCUUCACCUUCAACAUCAUCCUACGGCAGCGACAAAAGAUUGGGUACUGAACUGCGACCCGACCCGAAGAGGGAGAAGCGUGCGAGGGAUAGUAGCAAGCACCAGGUUUACCGCGGGGUCCGAAUGCGAGCGUGGGGGAAAUGGGUAUCCGAAAUCCGGGAGCCCCGAAAGAAGAAUCGAAUCUGGUUAGGUACUUUUGCCACUCCAGAGAUGGCGGCACGUGCCCAUGAUGUGGCGGCUUUGAGCAUCAAAGGCAACUCGGGGAUCCUCAACUUCCCCGAACUCGCCCACUCGCUGCCCCGACCGGUUUCAAACUCGCCACGUGACAUCCAAGCCGCCGCCGCUAAAGCUGCUGCAAUGGAGUUCUUGAGUAAUACUGGCAGCGACAGUAACACCGACGCCACUUCACCUUCACCGUCUUCAUCGUCGUCGAACGAGGAUGACAUGUCGACGCCAGACGAGCUUAGCGAGAUAGUAGUGCUACCAAGUCUGGGGACGAGCUACGAAUCGUCGGAGUCGGGGAACGAGCUCGUAUACGUGGACCGGUUCGAUGGCUGGCAUUUUAAUCCCAGCGGUAUUCCUUGGUAUUAUGAAGAAAACUUUGGGUACUUUGGGGAUGAAAUAUCAUUUCAAAUACAAGAAAGUGUUAUUGCCACUGGGUUUGGUCCUUUACUAUAGGACCAUUAAAAUUCAAAGUUAACAAUAAAAACUCUUUCACAAA